AUGGCCGAUCAUCAACCAUACGUCACGAUACGCUCGCGGAGACCUGUCGAAGGUCCAGGUUCGAGAAGCACCGGCCCUCCUAUGUCCGCCGCCCGCGCUUUCCCUAAUCGUGGACGCUCCUCAGCCAGAUACAGCAAAGUACAAGCAUUGCUAUUACACUGGAACUCGGAUGAUCUCUUCGUUAUCCCUGAAUUGGAAGACCUUGAAAAGUGUUUGAGUGAGGACUAUGGCUUUAACACUGACAUAUUUGCCAUCCCUUCAGAGAACUCUCAUCUGGAGUUGAUGAUGCGCAUAGGGCAACUGAUCAAAGAUCACGAGUCCCAGGAUACAUUGUUCGUGGUCUACUACGGUGGUCAUGCCAGAAUUGACGAGUCUCGGCAAAGCACCUGGUGUGCGUGGUCUGCGAUUCAGACUCUACUCGAACGCUCACUAUCAGAUGUUCUCAUUCUGUUAGAUUGCUGCGCUGGGGCUGCAAGUGCAACUUUUCCCAGUGGAGCCAGUAUCACCGAGACUAUCUCAGCUUCGAGCUGGGACGCCAUUGCCCCUGAUCCCGGACGAUACUCUUUCACCAAUGCCCUCAUUGAAGUGCUUCAGGAGUGGCGAGUCCGAGCCUUCUCCGCCGCUAUGCUCCACGCCGAGGUUCUUGCUCGAUUAAAACACCCUCGACCCAUCACCAUCAAUGGCAAAUACUUUGAGGCUCGAUCGACCCCUGUGCAUUUCAUGAUGACUUCUAACCACAAAGCGCCAAGCAUCGAAAUGUCUCGGAUGUCCCGCGGCGAUAACUUGCCAUCUCCUGAGUUACUACCGACACCAGCGGUGGCCCAUGAGACUGGCCGAGCGGCUGAUUCCACCACGCCUGUCUCACGGAAUGACUACAUGUUUACUGAACCCAACGAAGAUACUCCUCAUGUCAUGAUUUCUUUGGCGUUGGAGGAUGACCAGCGGCUUGAUAUCAACGCAUGGGAGCAAUGGCUCGGCGCCUUCCCUGCAAUGGCCAAAUAUGUCAAGGUUCAGGGUGUUUUCAAGAGUCACUCUACAAUGCUCCUUGUCUCCAUGCCGGUCUCUAUCUGGGACUUGCUGCCAGAAGACCAUGCAACAUCAUUCGUUGCUUUUAUCCGAUCGAAUAACUUGAUGACUCAGAAGCCCCGAAACCAAUCGGUGCCGACCUUGGUUCCCGCAAACCGUUAUCCCGCAGAAAAUGACAGCGCAUCGUUCAUUUCAGGUGUUUCAGGUACAACCUUUGUACCUACUGAACUUACGGGGUUGACUGGCCAGAUGGGAGCUUUUCGGGAUCCUGCGUACGGCAGGCAAACAGGGCCUGUGGUCCGGAGUACUCUCCCGCCUAUUCAGCAGCUCUCGCCCUUGCAUAUGCCACCACUACCUGGAUCAUCACCUCAGAGCUUAUCGCAGCGAUCCAUGAGACCGAUGCAUUCCACAACAUCUCUUGCCACACUACAGAGGCAACAGUCGUCGUCCUCUUUGGGGGGCAGUGGAAACCUGACGAGACAGAUGAUUAUGAGUCAACAGCAAGCUCUGCGGCGUACCACUUUUGGUUCUGAUGUUCCAGAACCUAAAAAGUUCUCUCCUCAUGUAGAGAAACGUCUAGAAGAAUAUUACCAGACUGAGCCAUUGCCCAAUGAUGGGCAGAAAGCAUUUUUCGCUUCAAACUUGGGAGUAGAACCGUGGCAUGUUGAAGUCUGGUUCCAUCAUCGGAGAGAGAGGGAUGCGUUUUCCCAACUAUUCGCAGCCCUGAGAGUCGAAGAUUCAAAAGUCGGUGCUCACGAAGGGCCACGCAUGAUCUUGCCAGCGAAUCUAAGUGAACUUUUGGACAUAUCUUUACCAGGCCAGAGUCUUUUACUCGAUAUUCGGUCAUCGACAGAAUUCCAGAGGUCGCACAUCAGGGGUGCAAUCCAUUUGCGUGCCCCCCAAUCCUUCCUACGCCCAGCCUCUCUAGAUAUGGUUGAGCGGGCCUUCCCCGACGCACAGAGUCGGAGGAUAUUCUCACGCUGGCAGCAAGCGAGAUGUAUUGUAUUCUACUCACGUGGGCUUGAGUAUCCCUGGGAGUGCCCCUCAGCUGAUACUUUGCUGGAGAAGCUCUGGGCAUGUGGCUGGCACGGACGAUGCUUCAUUCUGAAAGGACACUAUCGAGAGUUCAGUGACUCAUUCGGCAAACACGUCUACCGCGUUCAAGACAACGAUGCCGAGAAAGAGGCCCCCAAGGAGGCACCUAUCAGUGAAGGUAUGUCAAGCAAUGAGACGGAGCUUGCUGCUCUUUUCGCACGAUUGGAAACAGAGGACCAGACACGUCAUCUGAGCUCAUCUCCUGGACAUAAUGAAGAGCGAACCACAGCACUAGUAGAACAAGAAAAGGCCCUUGAGAGUGAGUUCCAAAAUCAUUUCCCUGCACUCUUCAAGAAAGCACAAGACGUUCACGGUGUUGGGCGAUCUGAUGACGAGAGCUUUGUCACCAAGGCGCAAAUGGUAGAGUACCUGGAUCGCGGCUUGACCAAGAUUCGAGAUGGCCAGGCUUCCCAGGCAGAAGCCACUGUUUACGAGCCAGGUCAUUCGAAACUGGCAGCUGACAGUUACUUUGACCGGACAAAUUUCAAUCGAGAGUCGGACGAGUAUGUCGAAGUUCCUCGUGGAGACGAAGCAGUGUCAGAUGGGAGUCCCCAGAUGACAAGCAAGGGCAAAGAAACAAGGGCAGCGUCAUCCCCGGACGAGAUAACUCCAAGAGGGCGAGGAAGCGGACUCUUGAAUAAGGUGUUCCGAAGGGCAUAG